GUCACGCGUCUCCUUUCAGACGGUGUGCGGCCGGCGGCGGAUCUAGAGAUGACGUCAUACAUCACUCGGUCUCUGAUCGACCUGUCAGGAACGGAGAACUUGCUCACUGCCCAAAAGGCUGUGAAGUGGAUACAAGAGCAGCGGUCCACGCUGUUCUUUAAAUCACCUCAGGCGACAGCGGCAUCUCUCGAGGCACUGGCGGCGUUCGCGCGUCGAACGUACAGCUCACAGGGACGGUCCGAAGUGUCGGUAACAAUCGGCAACUCGCAUCCGUUCUACGUGCCUGUGGACGCCCACAGGAGACUCCUCCACCAGACGUACCGGGUCACGAACGUAGAGUUGCCGACCCGUGUCCACUUCGAGGUCACUGAAGGCUGCGUGACCUUGAAGACAUCACUUCGCUACGCGAGUACCUUGAAGUUUCCGGCGCCGUCGUUCGAGCUGACCGCUGCUGCUACUGAGCGGCCGUCCAACACUCCAGGAAGCACGUUCACAAUCUCCACGUGCCUGGCCGUGAAGCCGUUCCUCAAUCACGUCGACGCCGCCACUGUCAUCGUGAAUUUGCCCUCUGGAUAUGUGGCUGCGAGCGCCAGCCUCCGCGCGCAACGAUAUGAACGCAUAAUCAAAGACUUCAAGCUGCCUGUUGACGCUGUGGAAGUGACCAUGAAGGACAUCACCCAGGAAAACAAGUGCUUUAGCUUCCGUAUCGUUCGCGAAUCAAUUGUCGAAAACCUGAAGCCGGCCAAGGUCCACGUCUUCGAUUUUUAUGAGCCCGGCCAUCAGGCCCAGACGGAGUACACGAUACAGCAGAGCAGCGUGGUUUCUCAGCAGUCGCCAAAUCUCCGAGUCUACUGAGGCCUUGUGAAGAUAAUCUCCCGAUUGAAGAUGAUUGGAUGACACCGACACGCACUCCUUUUGCUCCAUUGGCGUUGUGUAAUUUGUCUGCGAUCUUUUUUUUUGGGGGGGGGGGCAUGCUAUUACAGGCCUUUAUUCAUAGUUUUGAAAGGGAAUAAACAUUUCUGGGGGUUGUAGAUAGUUCAACUCAUAUGUAAACAUGCUAAACAAGAGUCCAAUAGGGUAAGUUUUAGGGACAUGUUUGUUAAUCUUGGAAUUUAGCCAUUCUGGAGCCUCUCUGCGAAUUUUGAAGCAACGCUAUGUUACGUGACUUUUUCGGAUUUAUUGAAUAGGUAUUCUUGAAUACAUGGUUAAUGGAUA